UGUCAUUUUAUUCAAGCCCAGUAAACAGAUUAUUUUUGAUUAUUUUAUCUAUCUAAACUAAUUUAAAGUUUAUUUAUUAAACAAACAAUGAUAUAAAUGCCAUAAUAUCUCAUUGCAUAUUAUUUUGAAAAAUAUUACUAAUAUGAGCAUCAUGUUAAAAACAGUGCAAUAUGAAAGAAAUUUUAUUGAAGAUUUUGCGGAAACGUAAUAUAUAAAAAUGUUAUUCUUACACAUUUUGUGCUGGAAAGAUUAUAGUAAUUAUACAGAAAGACUAAUUUUUAUUAAGAUGUGGUAUGCUGCCAUAUUACGCUUUAUCCGAAGACCAUUGGUUCUCGGCAUUAUAUUUGCAUCUUCGUUGACUUACUGUAUCGUCAGUUUUCUGAGAGAGGGUACAGAUAAAAAUAUGAUAUAUCAGGAUGUGUCCUUAGAACAGAAACCCUUUGUGUGGAGAACAUUACAAGAGCAUAAUGAGACUGUAGAUAUUGAGUGCAGAAACUCUGUUCAAGGUAGAGCUCUUAUUGUGGAUGACAGAGGUUAUGUUUGUCAAAGGAAUGACAUAGGAAAGAACGGAUGUUGCAUUGUGGACACAGAAGAAACAACAAGAUACAGUUGUACUUCAUGUAAUGAAAAUCACUGCUGUCUUGUAUAUGAGUACUGUGUCUCCUGCUGUCUGGAUCCUAAUAAGAGAAGUAUGUUACAAGUGGUCCUCUCAAAGCUCACAGUCGAGGAGCAUGUAUUGGUCAACUCACUCGGAGACGAUUAUGAACUGUGCCUCACGAAAUGCAGGACAAGUUCACACAGUGUACUCCACGAGAAUUCCUACAGAAACCCAGGACAUAAGCACUGCUACAGUGAUACGGCAGAACCAAAAACACCAUCCUAGCAUUUACUUCUGCACAAGUUGCGGAAACAUGCCUGAUAUUAAAACUGUAUUAUCUGUGACCAGUGACUUUAUAAGUGCAAGGGACCACUUUAAUUAAGGUUAUUUAUAUAAUGAUCUUGCGUCUUGCAUCUUAUUUUAAGGAAUCCAUUUUCUUGACGAGCAUUUGUGCCUUGUUAGAGUAGAAAUAACACUAGGUAAAUUGUAAUAAGACAAAUGUAUAUGGAUAUAAUAUUAUAAUAUGUCGCCUUAAGAUUGAAAAACACGAUUGUAAAAUAAUACAAUAAAUUGUAAUUGAUCACAAUUUGUCGAAAGAUUCCAAUCUUUCGAGCUAGAUUGUAAUUUUAUUUACAAUUUUACGGUGGCAAUUAUAAUAUUUAUUAAUGUUUUAACUUUUUAGUCUAAUAUGUUGAUCAAUGAAAUUAUUGUAAUUUAAAAGAGACUUCAAUAGAGUAAGUGUUCACAGAUUAUCUUUAAAUAGAUACUUUAAUUGCACAUAGACGUGAACUGGAUUUUACUAUUUAUUUACUUACUAAUGUAUAAAUAAUUUUUUAUUGAAAAAAGGAAAUUUUUAAACAGUAGGUGAAGGUACAUGAUGGUUGGUCGAGAAACGUCACCUUAUUUUAAGCAAUGUUUAAAUUUUUAAUUAAUAAAUGAUUUUUUUUUUUAGUUGCACAUAAAUUUAAUCAAGUCUACUUAAUUUUAUAAAAAAUAAAAGGGCUUUAUUAAAAUUAUUAAAUAUGUAAAUUUAAACAUUUUUCAUAUACAUACUAACAACAGCAUAAUAUAUUUAAAUAACUGUAGGAACACAAUAAUAAGAGUUAAUACGCAAUAAUUCUAUUCCAUUACAUUUUCAUAAAUAUAAUUAUUAUUUCAUGAACAAUUGUAUAUUAUGAUAUUUUGCUUUCUUUUUACUGCUUUCUCAUGAAUACAAUAGAAUAUAACUGUACUUAAAAAAUCCAUUGUUUAUGUAUAGUCUAUGUUUAUUAUAAACACAAUAAAAUUACUAGAAAUAUAAACUAAACAAACGCCAUCUGCCCAACAUCAGGAACGCAACCCCAAAGCUAAGUUGCAAUAAAGCAAUAAGACGAAAUUAUCUUCAAUAGUUUCGAGCAAAAUCGUAACAAAAGAUGUUUAUCGCACUUACAACAACAUAAAAAAUAUAGUAAGGAUAACUAUGACCAAGAUGAAGAGAUUUCUUGUACUAAUACGUAAUGGUUGGACAUUUGAUCACCAUAUGCUAGUUACUAAAGUAGUAAAGUACUCGAGCAUGAAAACUAUCGUCAAAUAAUAAUCCUCGAAAGCAUAUUUUGUAUGGGAAUUUGAAAAGCGCCCCUGCCGUGCGUAAAAGGAACUAAUUUUUUACAUGUAUUAUUUUUUACACUAAGACUCAUGUUCUUCAUGAGAAUACGAAUACUUUAACCACAGAUAACAUAAUAAUAUACCUUUGACGAUAGUAUUCGUGCUCGCGCUUCUUAUUUUAACAUUUCACAAAAGAGAUAGGUGCGAGAUUAUGGUCAAUAAGUGCCUUAGAAAUAUUAAGAACGUGUAAUUUUAAAUAGAUAUUUAUAUUUUAAACUAUUUACA